UUUGCGCAAACGCGCAUGUGCGCGCGCACAAUAUAUUCCAUUUAUCAGAAGAUACCGGAAGUCCUGGUCCCGACGUCUCUUGUGUUGUGCACGUGGAUUGUGCUGGUGUACUGGUUCAGCGCUGAUCAGUUUUACCAUAUACAAAUUGAUUAUCUCGACCAGUACGAGGAAUCAGUCAUGGCAACGACUAAAGUCGACAAUCCUGAAAAACCAGGACAAGAAGUCACUCCCAUUCAUCGAAUUAGAAUUACUCUCACGUCGCGCAAUGUUCGUUCCCUUGAAAAAGUAUGCGCGGAAUUGAUCAAUGGAGCUAAGAAACAGAAAUUGAAAGUUAAAGGACCCGUUCGCAUGCCCACAAAGAUUCUGAGAAUAACGACCCGUAAAACACCUUGUGGUGAGGGUUCAAAGACUUGGGAUCGCUUUCAAAUGCGAAUUCAUAAAAGAGUCAUCGAUUUGUAUUCGCCAUCAGAGAUUGUGAAACAAAUCACCAGUAUUUCUAUAGAGCCUGGUGUAGAGGUGGAAGUGACAAUUGCUAAUGAAUAAAAGUGUCAUUAAAACAAAGUUUUAAUAAAAAUGUAAAAAAAGA